UAUUUAUAACAUGGACAAACGUUUACGAAGUACAUACAGAUGCUCUACUAGACGCAUCACUGGAUGUCGUGAAUUAGCAGUAGUUAGUGAAGAUGAUAAAGUGACCGUUAAAACUUUACAUGAUCAUCCACCUAAUCAUGUAAGAAUACAAAAAUAUGCAUUACAACAGGAGAUGUUACACUUAUCACAAGUGACAUUACUAACUUCUAAAGAUAUUUUUGAUGAUGUUUCUCUAAGAAAUCCUGAAACAGCUGCAUUCUUUGCUUUCAAAUCUAUUAGGAGCCGACUGAAUAGAGAAAGAACAAAAAACAGACCAAAACUGCCACAAUCUAUACGCCUACAGUGCCAGUGCGGAAUUGACAGCAAACUGGAGAGGCAGAGGACGAGGCCCAGCAGGGUACCAGCCGGUCCGGUACAGCAACAGCACCAGCAGCAGCAGCAGACUCCACCGCGACGAGGCAGGGCAGUGUUGUUAGAUGGGACGGAUUUCUGGCGCAUGCGCAUUCAAUGUAGGCUCAUUAACGUACCGAAUCACUAG